ACCCUUUUUUGAAACCAAUGUGUCUGUUCAGUCUGUGCUUAUGUUCCUAAAACAAGCUAGAGAAUAGAGCGGGGUGCCAUAAACCCAGAAUAAAAAACAAAUCUCUUUCAAAAUCCCCUAAAUUCGCGGUUAAAACAUGCAAGCUGCCGCCGGCCAAGACAGGGGUUCGCCGCCGUUGAAGCCCUCUAAGUUCUCUGUCUACCAAAACCCCACGUUAUCCGCCGCUUUAACGGCGACAAGUUUAAAGCCCUCUAAAUCAACUUUUCUUUGUAUCAUUUCUCUCUUCUCUGCAUCUGCAUUUGCUCUCCUCUCCACGAUUUACAGUGGAAAUGGGUUCGCAGAUAAAUUUAAGUUCGGAAAUUUGUCUAACGAAGUGGCUUAUAUAUUUGCCAAGGCAGUACAAGUUGCAUCAGCUGUAGUUUUUGUUGGAACGGUUUUUGCUUUAUUCAAAGCUAUCUCUUGGCAUCGAAGCAAGAGCACCAGUAGUUGUUUGUCACUUGUAUCUCCUUCUAAAGGAACUAAAAAUCAACCUAACCUAACAAAACGUCAGCUGGGGCUUUUAGGAGUAAAAUCGAAGGUUGAGCAAGUUGCACCGGAUUCUUCUAAGAAACCUCCCAAGUCCAAACCCCUGGCAGCAUCAUCUUCUUCGGAUGUUCUUGUACCACUUCAUCCAUCAAUUAGUGGCUCAGAUCGUAAGUCUCUAGCUAGCUCUAAUAAAUCAAAUACUAGUGGUGGAAAUAAGAUGAGCCCUUUUGCUACACCAUCCAGAUCUCAGGGCUCCCCUUCUUCAUUAUAUCUUGUUCCGGCAUCCACUUCGUCAUUAUCUUCUCGUCAAACUUCACCGGGACAAGAGCCUCUAGUGAAAACCCCAUGGUCCACUAAGCGGUCCUCCUAUGCCAAAGAAAUUACAACAGAAGAGCAACUUGAACAGUUUCUUGCUGAAGUAGAUGAGAAGAUCACCGAAUCAGCAGGAAAACUAGCUACCCCACCUCCAACCAUCAGUGGAUUUGGAAUAGCUAGUCCGAAUACUGUUGCAAGUUCAGCUAAUACAUCUGGAACUACAAGAAGUACACCACUGAGGCCUGUGAGAAUGUCUCCCGGUUCCCAAAAAUUUACCACUCCUCCAAAGAAAGGAGAAGGCGAGCUUCCACCUCCGAUGUCAAUGGAAGAGUAUGUUGAAGCUUUUGAGCAUUUGGGAAUCUAUCCUCAAAUCGAGCACUGGCGUGAUCGACUCAGACAAUGGUUUUCUUCGGUUCUACUAAACCCUCUACUGAACAAAAUUGAAACCAGUCACGUUCAGGUAAUGAAAGCGGCUGCUAAACUCAAUAUCUCUGUAACCAUUAAUCAAGUAGGAAAUGAUCCAUCAACCAAUGGAAAUCCCGCUGUUUUGUCUCCGCCUGAUAGGUCGAAAGAAUGGCAACCAUCAUUCACUCUUGAGGAAGAAGGGCUACUCCAUCAAUUACGUGCAACUCUUGUUCAAACUCUUGAGGCAUCCACGCCUAAGCCUAUAGCCAAUCAACUACAAUUCCCUCAACAAAAUCCUUUUAUCCCCGUUAUGCAGGAGUGUAUUGAUGCUAUUACCGAACACCAAAAGCUUCAUUCAUUGAUGAAAGGUGAGUGGAUGAAGGGGCUGCUGCCACAAAAUAGUGUGAGAGCUGAUUAUACAGUACGAAGAAUUCGAGAACUUGCUGAAGGAACCUGUUUGAAGAAUUACGAAUAUCAAGGAAAUGGGGAUGUUUACGAUAAAAAGAACAAGAAAUGGACUCACGAACUACCAACUGAUUCUCACUUACUCUUGUACCUGUUUUGCGCAUUUCUAGAGCAUCCAAAAUGGAUGUUACACGUUGAACCGACUUCGUAUGCUGGAGCUCAAUCUAGUAAGAACCCCUUGUUCUUCGGAACCUUGCCGAGAGACAGGAUUCCAGAGAAGUACAUUGCUAUUGUAUCUGGUGUUCCUUCGACUCUUCAUCCAGGAGCUUGCAUACUGGCAAUAGGGAAACAGAGUCUCCCCAUUUUCGCCUUAUACUGGGACAAGAAAUUGCAGUUCUCUCUUCAGGGGAGAACAGCGCUGUGGGAUUCAAUAUUGUUAUUGUGCCACAGAAUAAAAGAUGGAUAUGGAGGCAUAGUUCGAGGAAUGCAUAUUGGCUCGUCAGCGUUGAAUUUGCUCUCAGUUCUUCAACCUGAAAAUGAAGACUAAGACUUUGUUAGCUUUUUUCACAUUACUGUUGCAGUUUCAUGUUCUUCCUUCUUGCUAAACUUGAACGUCAUCUUUUAUGUUUUAGGAUAAAAUAUUUUAUCUGAUAUCUGAUCACAUAA